UCAGGUCCAGUUCUGGUCCAGUUCUGGUCCAGUUCAGGUCCAGUUCUGGUUCAGGUCUGGUUCUGGUCUCUUGGGUUCAGGUCAGAAUAAUUCGGUCUAAUUCAUCAGCCUCUGUUGUUCCGUCUCUCCAGAAGAAAACGGAUCGAACUCCUGUUCUGGCAAGUGGAUCAGAACCGACCCAGCCGGUUCUGGUUCUGCAGAGUGAGUCCUGGAGUUUGAUUCUCUGCGGAUGAUCGAAAGAAUCCACCGGAUCUCCAUGGACCCGAGCCGCACAGAACCCAUGACUGAGGCCCGUCUGUCCAUCUACAGAACCGCCAUGAAGGUCCGAUCUCUGCAGAGGUUCUGCCACAUGGACGCUGUCUUCAUUCAGCACAUCGCAGCAGCCUUCCAGCUGGUGGGCGGGGCUAACCCAGCAGCCUCCCAGCUGGUGGGCGGGGCUAACCCCAGACGUGACGCCAUGUUGAACAGGGAAAGCGUGUUGGCGGUUCUCAACAGGAUGUUUAAUUGCGCGUCCCAGGAAGAGACUGCGGCGGCCUCAGAGGAGACGGGCAGUCUGCUGUUCAGGCUGUUUGACCGAGAGGGGACCGGUCAGGUGUCGGCCCGGUCUCUGCAGACCGCUCUGGUCGCUCUGUCUGCAGACAGCUUGCUGGCCAAAUACAGGAGUCUGGUUCGUCUGUCAGGAGACGGCUCCGGAUCCGUCACCAGGUCUGCACUCAGCUCUCUGCUGCAGGACCUCAGCAAGGUUCCUGCGGCGGUCCAGGAGCAGGAAGUGUUUGGCAGCGUGGAGGCAGCAGUCACUUCCUGUUUUAACCAGGGCGGGGCUCCAGCAGUGAGCCAAUCACAUCUCCUCUCGUGGCUGAAGAGCGAGCCCCAACUGUUGCUAUGGUUACCGACUCUCUACAGACUGUCGGCCAGUCAGAAGGUGAGCCACGCCGUCCGCUGCCACACCUGUAAGGCCUUCCCCAUCGCCGGGCUCAGGUAUCGCUGCAGGAAGUGUGUGAACGUCCAGGUGUGUCAGGACUGCUUCCUGGACGGCCGGCAGACCAGGAAGCACAAAACACAUCACCCAGUGGUCGAGUUCUGCACUCAGCCCACCUGGAGAGAGUCUCUGUCCUCCUUGGUGCAUAAUGCUCGUCAUGCCCUGUUGCCACGGCGACACACUCACAGAGAAGCUGAUAGGACGAGUGUCCUGACAUGGGCGGAGCCAGCAGAGACCCAGAACAGAGCUCCGCCCACCUCUGAUGCUGCGACGCUACCGGCUGCCUCGGCGCGCUCUUCCUCCUGUGAUGAAGAGGAGGCCCGGGACGCCGCGGUGCAGGCGUCUCCUCCUCUGUCCUCAUCCAAGUCUCUGCAGACGGAUGAGGCUCCGCCCCCCCAGCAGGGGGCGGCGCUGCUGACUGAAGUCAGGAACCUGCAGCGAGAUAAGUGGUUGCUGGAGCAGCAGCUGGGGGCGUGGCGCCUCACCGUCCAAUCAGACCAGGGCAUCCUGGAGGACCGCUGCUCUGAGAUGGAGAUCACCAUGGCAACGAUGAGGCAGCACAACGAAAGGCUGCAAGACAUGCUCAACCAGGCUCUGAGAAAGAUGGAGGCUCAACAACACGCCAACAACACGGAUCACACUGAGGGAGGAACCGCCACGCUGACCUCUGACCCUCCAACCGACGACGAGGAAGAGGAGGAGCUGAUGAAGGAUGGGGACGAAUGGAGCCUCAAUGAGCCUCAAACGCCAUCUCCCACAAUUCCACACAAAUCCAGUCUGUCACAUGAUGAACAGGAGGAGGGACCGCCAGAGGACCGUCAGCCAAUAGGACGACAGGAAUCACUAAAAGACCGUCAGCCAAUAGGACAACAGGGAGACCCUGAGGAGGCGGGCCUACAAACAAAUGUCACCUGUCUGUCAGAUGCAGAGGAUUCUGGGACUUGUAGUCCUGAAGUCUUGCUGCAGCAGACUGUGGACAGACUGAAGACGGAGAUGGACGGGAUGAGAGACAGAAACACAGGUGAGAGCGUGAGGGCGGAGCUAGCGGCGGCAGCGGAGCAGGUGGGGGACGCGGUGUCCCGCCUGGUGGACGCUGUGAGGACAAACUGAGCAGGCGUGGCUCUUAGAAAACG